GGUCCAGCAUCCCACCUUGACCUACCUGAGGUUGACGCUGAAGCUGCCUGCCCGAUCAUUGAACUGGAGAACAGCAAACAACAACGGCGGCCAUUCCUUCUCCAGAUUUUUGCCAACCAUCCUGCUUCCCCCCCGCGCAUUCUGAAGCAUCACCAUCUGAAGACAUAGUCUAUACCUACCGUACAGCUUUCUUCUUUUCAGUCACCACUAAAGCAACCCAUAUAAAUCAGGCACCAUGCAGGCACCGGUCCUGGUAAUGAACACCAACAGUGGUGAGAGGCAGACUGGCCGCAAGGCUCAGAUGUCCAACAUCGCCGCCGCCAAAACUGUCGCUGAUAUCAUCCGAUCCUGCCUCGGCCCCAAGGCCAUGCUCAAGAUGCUUCUCGAUCCCAUGGGCGGUAUCGUCCUCACCAACGACGGCCAUGCUAUUCUCCGCGAGAUCGAAGUGUCGCACCCCGCAGCCAAGAGCAUGAUCGAGCUCAGCCGGACACAAGACGAAGAAGUUGGUGACGGUACCACAACAGUCAUCAUUCUUGCCGGCGAGAUCCUCGCGCAAUCCCUCCCCCAGCUCGAGCGCAACAUCCACCCCGUCGUCAUCAUCUCGGCCUUCAAGCGCGCCCUCAAGGACGCCCUGCAGAUCAUCGAAGACAUCUCGCUCCCGAUCGACAUCAACGAUGAUCAGGCCAUGUACAAGCUCAUCUCGUCCUCGAUCGGCACCAAGUACGUUUCCCGAUGGUCGGAACUCAUGUGCGGGCUAGCGCUCAAGGCCGUGCGCACCGUGACGUGGGAGCAGGGUAAUGGCAAGAAGGAGGUCGACAUCAAGAGGUAUGCGCGCGUGGAGAAGGUGCCGGGCGGCGAGAUUGAGGACAGCAGGGUAUUGGAUGGCGUUAUGCUCAACAAGGACAUCACACACCCCAAGAUGCGCCGCAGGAUCGAGAACCCGCGCAUCAUCCUGCUCGACUGCCCGCUCGAGUACAAGAAGGGCGAGUCGCAGACCAACAUUGAGAUCACAAAGGAGGAGGACUGGAACCGCAUUCUGGAGAUUGAGGAGGAGCAGGUCAAGCAGAUGUGCGAGCAUAUCCUUGCCUUUAACCCCGACCUUGUUAUCACAGAGAAGGGUGUCUCUGAUCUCGCACAACACUAUCUCAUGAAGGCCAACGUUACCGCGCUCAGACGUGUGCGCAAGACCGACAACAACAGAAUUGCCAGGGCGACCGGCGCUACUAUCGUCAACCGAGUAGAGGAUCUCCAGGAAUCCGACGUUGGCACUAACUGCGGCCUGUUUGAGGUCGAGAAGAUUGGCGACGAGUACUUCACCUUCCUCACAAAGUGCAAGGACCCCAAGGCCUGCACCGUCCUUCUCCGCGGUCCCUCCAAGGACGUUCUCAACGAGAUCGAGCGCAACCUGCAAGAUGCCAUGGGCGUGGCGCGCAACGUCAUGUUCCACCCCAGGCUAUCGCCCGGUGGUGGUGCGACCGAGAUGGCCGUGUCCGUCAGGUUAACACAGCUCGCGAAGAGCAUCGAGGGUGUCCAACAAUGGCCGUACAAGGCCGUCGCCGAGGCCCUCGAGGUCAUUCCCCGUACACUUGUCCAGAACGCCGGCAAGAGCCCCGUCCGUGUGCUCACCGAUCUCCGCGCGAAGCAUGCCGAGGGCAAGAAUUCGUGGGGUAUCAACGGCGAUACUGGUGCCAUUGUGGAUAUGAAGGAUUACGGAGUCUGGGAGCCCGAGGCCAUCAAGGUGCAGAGCAUGAAGACUGCUAUCGAGGCUGCCUGCCUCCUAUUGAGAGUUGACGAUAUCUGCAGUGCCAGAAAGGCACAGCCAGGUGUCGGUGUCAGCUCUGGCGGCGGUGAUGAGUAAAUGUUAUGAACGGUGCGGGUGGGUAGCCCAGGGUCUACUGAGUUAUAGUCAGUCCGGCAAAAGGUGGUAUGAUAUCCCGUUAAUGAUUCUUUGGUGGUCCACGCAUAGCACCCAUUGCAUGAGCACCCCUUUAUGUAUAUGCUAGAUGGACCUUGGCAUGGUAGAUAAAAGGGGUUCUGAAAGGCCUGGUCGAGAGGUCUAAUCCUUGUUCCGUAACCCCGAGCGUGAUGCUGUCUAUGCUUUCCCCCGUCGCUGAUGGUUGCUCUACUCGCUUGGGUAAAAUCAAUACUGUCAACAUCCCCCUUUAGUCGUCUUCAACGAUAAGUAGCCCAGACUCCGCAUUUCCGGGUACUACGGCCCCAGGAGCAGCCGCCGCCGUGGCCGAAGUAGACUUGUCCGCUUCCUUUGCGGUACUCUCCCCAGCGGUGUCGUUGCUAGUGGCUCCAGCUCCGGCUGCACGCUCCUUUGCGCCUCCCUCGUCCCCAGUCUUUGCAGUCUCUUUCUUCUCAGCCCCGUUUGCUGUCGUCACACUCCCUCCUUGACUUGCACUACCAUUUCCACCUCCACCUCCACCUCCACCUUUGCCCCCCUUCCCUUUAUUCUUCUUCUUGUCCCUCUUCUCCCGAUUCCUCCUUGUCUUUUCCUCAUCCGCCCUCUCCCUCUCCCUCUUCUUGGCUUCAAACUCCUCUCUCUCCUUCUCCUUCGCAACCUCCUCAUCCAUGAUCCUCAGCCGUUCGUACUCCCUCCUCCGGGCAGCUUUAUAUACAUGAAACUCGCCCGAUCCCGCACCGGCGGAAGAACCCUGAACGUUGGUGACGAUUUCCGGAGGGGGAGGUAGUCGAGAGGAGCCAGAAGUGGUGGAGGAGGGGAGCGGUGGGAUGAUGAUUUCUCGGUCGGGUUUGGCGAAGAGUUGUUGUAGGUGGGAGGCUUGAAGGGAGGUGGGAGAGGAGGCGCGGAGACGCUUGGUGGGGCGGGAGGAGAGGCGGGAGGUGGAGGUUGGGAUCGAGGAGGGGUCGUCGGCUGACAUUUUUGCGCCUUUGUUUUGUGUUUUCUGUUGACAGUGGUCUGCGGUGGCGGCUGCGGCUGCGGCUGCGGUUGUGAUGAUGGUGGUGGUGGUGGUGGCUGUCGGGUGUUGCCUAGGUUGAGACGCGGCGGGUUGUUCUGGUUCGUGACGUUCUGAGGAGCGAGGCGCGCGCACGCCGUUGAGUUUGUUGCUCUCUUUUGUGGUGCGAUUAAGCGCUGAUUUGGUGAUGACGGUGGGAUCACUAAAGUUUGCUGUUGCAAAUGCUGGAGGGCGUCGAGGCGGAGAUGUGAAACUGGAGUUGAAUUUCGGCCGGAGAAUGAAGUCGCGACAACGGACUGGUCGAUCGCAGCGAUGGGGUUUGGUUCAUUCCAGAUCGACCAAAUGCGACGCUGAGCUCAGCUGCAGCUGAUGGGGGAGCUGGACCCGUUGGACAAGGCUAC